CACUGUAGCAUAGAUGUAACCGUAACCACAUGUAUGUGUGUAUGUAUAUAUAAUUAUUAUUAUUUAUUUCUUAGAUGCCCUUACCCAGGAUGACUUACAGUUUUAUACAAAAAAUACAUAUCAAGAAUUACAGUCCUAAUAUGAGCAAAUACAAAACACAGUAUGAUUUGAUAUUGGGGCAGUUCAAGAGCAGAUAACAGUGUUGAUAGUUACAUCAGAGAUAGAUAAGAGUGCAAGUGAAAUACAAAAUACUACAGAUUGGGUUAAGUGCAGGAAUAAAUACAGUAAAAUAGGGAGCAGAUAAGUGCAAGUUAAAGUGCAUUAAAGGCAUAGUGCUAUAUUGUCCAGAAGGGAAGAGUUGAGUUUUACUGGUGUUGUCUGAAGAGGUCUGUAGGAAGGUCGUUCCACCACUGCGGGGCGAGGGUGGAAAAGGAGCGGGCUCUGGAGGCAGAGGAGCGUAGAGAAGGUAGAGCCAGUCUUCUAGUGCAGGCGGAGCGGAGAGGUCGGGUGGAGGUGUAGGGAGAGAUGAGGGUCUGGAGGUAGCUGGGUGCAGUCUGGUCAAGGCAUCGGUAAGCGAGUACAAAAGUCUUGAACUGGAUGCAAGCGGUGAUUGGGAUCCAGUGGAGUGAGCGGAGCAGUGAAGUAGCAUGAGAGAAGUGAGGCAGAGAGAACACCAGGCGAGCAGCGGAGUUCUGGAUGAGCUGGAGCAGACGGGUGGCGGACGCAGGGAGGCCGGCCAGGAGGGAGUUGCAGUUGUCUAGGUGCGAGAGUACCAGGGCCUGGACGAGGAGUUGCGUGGAGUAGUUGGUGAGGAAGGGACGGAUUCUUCGUAUGUUGCUCAGGAAGAAAUGGCAGCAGGUAGAAGAACGAGUGGAGGAGAUCAGGCUCAGGCCUCUGGGUGCCAGCGCUAAGAAGAGGCUGCCUAUCACUGAAGGCAUUGUGGAGGUCAAGUACAAGGGCAGCUGGGCUCAGAUCUGCGAUGAUGGCUGGACUCCCAAAAACUCACGUGUCAUCUGUGGCAUGUUUGGAUUCCCACAGGAGAGAAAGGCCAACAAGAACUUCUACAAACAAAUAAAAAAGCGGGCCGCUAAGACUAAAGGCAAGAUUAUUGGGUCUGGCGACAGGGAGAAAUCCAAGCCUAAAUCCAACCCUAAGUCUAAAUUGAAUAAGGACUCUGGGUCAGGCACGAGGUUGUUCACAGAAAAACAGCAAAACAAGUACCGUCUUCACUCCGUGGCCUGCACUGGUAAUGAGGUUCACUUGUCAGUGUGCCCCUUGCAGUUCUACAAGGCUAAUGCCACCAGGGCCUGUGAGGGGGGCAUGCCCGCUGUGAUCAGCUGUGUGCCAGGACCGCAGUUUUCCCUUGGCAACAGCCAAAAAAAGAAGACAAAAAGUACGUUCCGUGUACGAUUAAAGGGUGGUGCCAAGAUCGGAGAGGGGCGUGUGGAGGUCCUGAAGGACAAUGAGUGGGGGACGGUCUGUGACGACCGCUGGAACCUGCAGGCUGCCAGUGUGGUGUGCAGAGAGUUGGGGUACGGCACUGCCAAAGAUGCACUGACCGGAGCACGCAUGGGGCAGGGAAUGGGUCCCAUACACAUGAAUGAGGUUCAGUGCUCCGGCCAAGAAAAAUCCAUCUGGAACUGCCAGUACAAAAACAUCACGACCAACGACUGUCGCCAUGUCGAGGAUGCCUCUGUGAAGUGCAACAUCCCUUACAUGGGAUACGAAACCUUGAUCCGUUUGAGAGGUGGGCGCAAUCGCCUCGAGGGCCGAAUGGAGGUGAUGACAGGGGUAGAUGGCAAUGGCAUUGAGCAGUGGGGGCUCAUUUGCGGAGAAGGCUGGGGCAUCAAGGAGGCCAUGGUGGCCUGUCGCCAGCUGGGCCUCGGAUUCGCUAACAGCGGCUUGCAAGUCCGGAUCGUCGGAGGAAGAACUACGCACGAAGGCAGAGUGGAAAUUAAGAAGGGUUCCAAGUGGGGCAUUGUUUGCAGUGAAGGCUGGACUACUAAAGAGGCAAUGGUAGUGUGCCGUCAGCUAGGGCUUGGCUACUCCCUGCAUGCUAUCACAGAAACCUGGUACUGGGAUGGCAGCAAUGUGACAGAGAUGGUGAUGAGUGGAGUGAAGUGCACAGGAAACGAAAUGUCGCUCAGUCACUGCCAACACCACGGGAGCAGCAUCAACUGCAAAAACACUGACACACGCUUCGCUGCAGGGAUCAUCUGCUCUGAAACUAUCUCUGACUUGGUUCUGAACGCCCCCUUAGUCCAGCAGACUGUGUACAUCGAGGACCGGCCGCUGCACAUGCUGUACUGCGCCGCCGAGGAGAACUGUCUGUCCAGCUCUGCUGCCAAGGCCAACUGGCCAUACGGACACAGGCGUCUGCUGCGAUUCUCCUCCCAGAUCCACAACAUCGGCCGAGCAGACUUCCGCCCCAAGGCUGGCCGCCACUCCUGGGUGUGGCACGAAUGCCAUAGGCAUUAUCACAGCAUGGAUAUAUUCACUCACUACGACAUUCUAACUGUGAAUGGCACCAAAGUGGCUGAAGGACACAAAGCCAGCUUCUGUCUGGAGGACACAGAAUGCCAGGAAGGAGUUUCCAAGAGAUACGAAUGUGCUAACUUUGGAGAGCAGGGCAUUACUGCGGGCUGCUGGGAUUUGUAUCGCCAUGAUUUUGACUGUCAGUGGAUUGACAUCACUGACAUCAAACCAGGAAACUACAUUUUCCAGGUUGUCCUUAACCCAAAUUUUGAGGUGGCAGAAAGUGACUUCACCAACAACGCUAUGAAGUGUAACUGUAAAUACGAUGGAGACCGGAUCUGGUUUCACAACUGCCAUAUUUGUGAUGCCUUCAGCGAAGAGGCUGAAAAGCAGUUUGAACAGUAUCCAGGACAGAAUAACCAAAUUUCCUAACUUCCAGUGGAAAGACGGAUGGAUUCUCCAACUCACAGAAACGGCGGGGCAUUUAUCGAACUGAAUUUGAAACUAUUGACCAAACACUUUCAAAGUAACCUAGUGGAACAUUCCCCAGAGUGUACAAAGCUGAAAUACAAUGACACACAAUAUUUGUACUGAAAUUAAUACGCCCCUACAUUGGUAUUAUAUCUCAAUUGAAAUCCUUUUGAAUGACUGUGUUAUCUAAUGCAGUAAAUUUGGCAGAUGUCUAUACAUGCAGUAUAUAUUUGAAUAUUUAGAGAUUUUCCUUGUUGAAAUAGACUUGUUUCUUUAUCAUGUACUACCAGCAGUUUUGUAAAUGCAACCUAGUUUAAAAAGAAUACUUCAAUUUAAUGUACAAUAUGAUUAGCACUACCUUAUUAUGGUAUGUUUCUUUUCUAAAUUCACAGCUAACACGGGAAGGCUUACAUGAUGUUAAUGAGUCAGGAUUUAAAUGAUGUGGGAAAUUCCUUGACCAUCAUGACCAUAUUUCCUGUGAAAAGCUAUGCCUGUAUGUCCCUUAAAUUAGGAUUGCCCCAGAAUAAAUUCCAAAAGGCAG